AUGUCCUCACGGGUUUGUUUGGUCUGCCUUUUGGUUUUCUUUGUUAGUGUUUGUGACGCGGCGAAAGGACCACAGGUUUUUCCUCUCCCGUCCUACUUGAAGAAGGCAUGCUCAAGGAACGAUCCGAACAUUAAUAAGUGUGUCGUCGAGGUCGGAGCCCCAGCGAUAAAAGUCGUAACAAAUGGCGACCCUAAAUACAAGAUCCCCAAGCUGGAUCCUCUUAAGGUUUCAGCGAUCAAAAUUCAGCAAGGGACGAGGCAAGUAGGUUUGAACCUGGUGUGCAACGACUGUCUGAUGUGGGGCUUGCAGAACACCGUUUUUUACAAGGCCGACGUCGAUUUUCCGAAUCGGAUGUGUACGUGGUACUUCACCCUGGACAAGAUGAGGAUCACUGGCAAGUACAACGUGAGCGGACAAGUCCUACUUCUGCCCAUAACUGGCCACGGAAACAUGGAAAUGCUUUUAGACGAUCUGAAAUUUUCAUACCUUUACGAUUGGACCUUUCGAGAAAAGAGCAACGGUCGCACUUACGUAGUCAUCGGCAACAGCACUCUCCCCUUCGAGGUGGGCAACAUGAAGAUAACACUUGAGAAUCUUUUCAACGGCGACAAACUUCUCGGCGGCAACAUGAAUCGUUUCAUCAACGAAAACUGGAAGGAGAUAAUGAAAGAUUUGAGCCCAGCGUUUAGUAAAUCUUUGGCGUCCAUUUUCAAGACGGUACUUCAAAAUAUGGCCAACGUCGUACCGUUCGAUAUCAUGUUCCCAGAAAAGUAUCCAGUUACAUAAAAAUCUGCAGGUGGAACUAAAUCAGCGUCUUUCUUAAAUCACAAAUCGCGUGAUAGUUUUUAAUUGUUUAAUCUUAAGAUGGACUAUAAUUAUUAAGAUGCUUAACACUAGUGAAGGGCAAUAAGUUUGGAACUUUUAGUACUUUAAAAUUGACGUUUACUUAAUAGAUAAUGUACCAAAAUAUAAAACGUGAUGUAAAAUUAUUUUUAAAAAA